AUGUCCAACUCCGACAUCGAAAAAGGCGCAGGCGCCAGCACUUACGUGCAACAACCACAAGCUGCUCACGUCGAACACAGCACGUCCUUCCUCCCGACGUACGAAGAGCACCUCAACGAAAAUCUGCGCAAGUUCGGCCAGCCCGAUGGACAAGACAACGCCAAGGCCUUCGACCUCAUCGAAGAGCCAAAGGCCGGUCGUAGGAAGUGCAUGAAGCGAGAAUACCUCAUCCUCGCCAUCAUUUUCUUCCUCAUCUGCGCCAUUGCUCUGCCACUCGGUCUGGUCUUCAUUAUCCGCAACCACCACUCUGAUCAAGAGGUACGAGAAAUCAACUCUACCACUUCCACUUCCGUUCAAACGAAGACUGACUUUGUCUCUCUUCAGCCAUCGACUUUGCAGACACGUCAAGCCGAAAGCACCUCCUCCAGCAUUACACCUGUCACCGCAGUCCUCACAUCUACUGUCGUGCCUGUGACGGUCUACGUGACCAUGACUCCAACACCAGAAGCCUCAACUCCCACCAUCACCGUCACGCGUACUCAAUCGCUGUCCACAUCGAAGCCAGAGACUACCGCGACAUCAGACGCUUCAACAGCCACCGUCACAACUCUCUCAAUCGUCACAGCGACACCAUCGACUUCAACUUCGACAUCAUCUACAUCCACACUCUCCAAAUUCGUCCUCAACCCAGCUCUCAUCCCCAGCAUUCAGUCCGAACUCGCCGAAGCUUCCUCUUCUCGCGCUGCAGAAGAGACGAAAGCUACAGCGACGACAAAGAAGGAAACUACCACCGCAACAGUCGUUUCUGCAACGACCAUCGAGCCACCGACUACAGCUUCCAAGGCUAUGCAAACUGCUCAUCCGAGAUUCGGCUUCUGUGGUGUCGCCGGCUCGAAUUGUUAA